AUGGAUGAAAUCUUAAGUGAAUUGAGCCUGUUGAACGGCAAAAGGAAAACCUAUAAGAAAAGAACGGAGAGUUUUAGCGAUGAUCCGCCAGCAUUUGCUCCGUUGGUAUCAGGCAACGGAUUUCUAUUCGAAAAUGAUACUCUAAAUAGGGUUAAGAAUAGAUUACAACGUCAAGAAGAUACAAGCUCAAAUGAUUUUGUCACAGAACUCAGUCAAACACAAGUAAUAAGCAAUUUCUACAGUGGUGGAAAAGACUUGGAAUUUGAUAAAAAUAAUCAUACAGCGGAAAGGACUAGCGCCCAUUUAAGCAGUACACAGCGUAUUAAUUCCCAUCGGGAUUUGGCAACUCAAGUGAAAAGUUUAAGUGGUCUUAAAACACAGCCUAUUUAUUCAGAUCAUAACUUGGCCACUCAGAAGGACCCUUAUAGUGAGCUGAAAACACAGCAUGUAAAAGACGCUAAUAAAGAUGUAUUGGCAACGCAAAAGAUCUUGUCACCUGAAACCAAUGCAGAUUCAUCAGCGCCUGCAGCAAAGGAUUCUGAACGGAACAAGGAUACGUCUUCAACCUAUAAAGACGGUCAUGGUUUUAGCGCGGAAGAGUCACUUCAGUGUUCCCCGCUUAAGAUUCAUAUUAUUCAGGCGAAGUUGCUAGAAAACAAUGAGAAAUCUUUAGAUCGAGCGACUGUUUCGAAGGACUCGAAGAAGGCCAUAAACAACGGGCCUUGCAUAAAGGUGUCCAAAGAAGAGUUCCUUGAAGACUUGGAUAAUUCUAGUGAGAGUGACCAAGAAAAAGCGAUGGAAACAGAGCUUAUACAAGCUACGGCCUCGAGAGUAGCCAUUUCAGCUGAACAAAAAAAAAUUCAGAUUGCUGCUUUUUCCAAUAGUUAUGGAAUACUUAAGAACUACAAGCACGAACUCAAGCGAGAAUCAAAUAUUCAGGAAUGCAUAAUAUUGAGUUCUGAUGAUGAUACAGACGAUGAACAACAUUUGCAAGUUUUCAGGUCUCACUUAAGUAAAGCCAGUCUUCUAGACAUAAAAGCUCGUCUCUCUAAGAAAAAUCCCUCGUUAAAGAAUGCCAUAAAUGGAACAUCUCUCAAAAAGUUAUACACUGGUCUCAGAGAAGCUUCCAAAAAGCAAAUAGUGGAACAUCAGAAAAAAUUGAUGGAGAAAAAGGGACUUAACAUAAAAGAAAUAGAAGUUCAAAAACAAAUAGUUGAGGAUCUUUUAGAACAGGAAAUUGCAAGGAAUAAGAGGAUUAGAGCUAGAGAAAAACAAGAACAAGAACAAGAACAAGAACAAGAACAAGAACAAGAACAAGAACAAGAACAAGAACAAGAACAAGAACAAGAACAAGACUGCUCAAUAACUGCGGAAUUUCGCGAAGAAGACAUGAAUUAUAGCGGCGAUGAAAGUUCAAACGAGUCAAUCUAUCAUGAUGAAAAAUCGGAUGGAGAAGAUCCUCAUGGACCACAACCGAAUAGUAACCUUAUAACCGGACCACUCACUGAAGAAAAUUCCCAUAGUGACAUCGAGCAGUCUGAAAAGAAGACCAAAGAGACUAGCAUUGAAAAACCUCAUAUGAUUGAUGACGACGAGGGAAUAAUCCUCGGUCGGUUAAAAGCAAAAGCUGUACCGGUAAUUAUGGACUCAGACUCAAACUCAGAUGAUGAAAGAGUUAAUAACGGUAAUCCCAUUGAUCUUGGAAACUAUGGUAAAAAUUUGGCUGAAGGUACUAUGCAUGUUCAUACCCGCAGAGAGAACAUAGUUGAAAACUAUGCUAAUGAACGACUCGAGAAGGAUGGACAACACCGCACUGCUGCUUCGCUGCAAGUUAAAGAAGAUCUAAAGGAGAAGAAAAACAGGGCAAGGAGGCUGAAAAUGGAAGAAAGCGGCGUUCGUAGCAUCCUCGAAGUGGAAGCAGAAGAAUCCGAGGAUGAAUGGCAUGGGUUAGGAGGUGUAGAUGGUGAGUUAUCUGAAGAAUACGACUCCGAACUUGAGAAAAUGAUUGAUGAUUAUUCGCAAGAUAUCGUGAAUCCUGAUGAGAUACGUAAUUUACUUGCAAAAGAGAACAAGGAGCUCGAUUUGCAAAUGGUAAACAAGAUUUUGCACGAUGUUAAGAAUGGUGGAUUUCGCAAAAGACGAGGUGCAGGAAUGGUGCUUGAGAUUAGUGACGAAGAUGAUGAAGAUUUAGAAAACUAUAGAUCCAAAAGAAGAGAACUGAUGAAACAGAAACGAUUAGAGCUCACCAAGGAAGGAGACAUAAAUUUAAUGAAGAAUGGAAAAGUCCAAGCGUUUUUCGAAAGCAUGGUGGAGGACAUCGUUGAUGAAAAGAAUGCUUUCCAGCCCGACGAAAAAGAGGAAGGCGAAUCCUCACAAAAUGAAGCUGCUCUGACCAGCAAACAAAAAAUGACGCUUUCAGAAGAAUUUGUUCAGCAGAGUCUUUCUUUCCUAAGAUAUAAUGACGAUAAGCAAACCAGCGCCAUAUUCAAUGAUAACUACCCCGGUAAAGAGAAUUCCGACCUCCUCAGUCUAAAACAACAUAGCCAUAUAAAGAGGCUCCAUGCUCCAAUUUCUUCCGUCUGCCACCAGGUAGAAAACCACGAGGAUGAGCUACAUUGUAUGCUGACGAGUGAACAAACUGCCUCGUCGGUCUCAGAAAAAUUUGGGUCGCAUGUCGGAAUUGACAACAAGUUGAAAAAUGGUAAAAAGACAGUCACAGUAUCGCGAACUUAUAAGACAGUUGGUGGGAACCGUGCAGCAAUCACUUAUAUGGGAAAAAUGAGAAAACUUGUCGCUCCAAAGAGACAAAACGUAAGCAGAAUGCCCAGCAGUUUCCGUACACGAAAAUUGAAUGUAAAUACUAUUUUCGACAACGAUGAUACCAGUUUCGAAGUUUAA